GGUAUCAUCGAAACUUCAUCUCCAUUCUCCGGACUCGGCGAAAUCCUAUUCUUUUCAUUUUACCUCUGCUUGUGCAYACCACCUCAGACCUCAAAUCUAAACUCGCAGUUUUUGGUGUUCUAUCCAUUUUUGGACUUUCUUGUGUAUUCAAAGAGCUCCACUAAAAAUAUCUAUAAAAAUGGCUCCUCCUUCAUACAGUGAUCUUGGCAAAGCCGCACGUGACGUAUUCAACACUGGUUAUGUAUUUGAUGUACUCAAGUUAGACUUGAAGACCAAUCAAAACGUGGAAAUCAAGGCUGGUGGUACACAACAUUUAGUGUCGGGUGCCGUAAACGCCAAUUUGGAAACCAAAUAUGUGAUUAACAAGUCUAAAUACUUAUUUACAUUGGUUGAGAAAUGGAACACGAAUGAUGUUAUGACUACUGAAGCUUCUAUAAGUGGCUUGUUACCUGGUGUCAAACUUACUACUGAUGGUACAUUCGACCGCAAGAAACAAUCUAAGGCUGUGAGAGUGAAGUCUGAAUACAAAAAUGACUAUGUUUCACUCAACUUGGACACUGAAUUUAAGGCACUGAAACCUGUUAUUAAUGCCUCUGCUGUAGUUGCUUACAAUGGAUGGUUGGGAGGUUUCAAUGUUAAAUAUAAUACCAACGACAAAUCAUUACAGUCUAACAAUCUUGCUCUCAGCUAUGUAGCUAAACAAUUUGUGUUUACCACUACUGUAAAUGAUAACAAGUUGUUUGGYGGCUCAGUUUUCCAAAAAUUAUCUGAUAAAUUAGAUUUGGGUUUGCAAGUUUCUUGGUCAUCUGAAAACAACGAUUCUUCACUUGCUGUUGGUUCCCAAUACCAACUGAACAAUGAUGUCAAGUUACGAGCCAAGAUCAAUAACAAGAGUCAGUUGUGCCUAGGUUCUGGCAUUAAAGUCAAAGAUGGUGUUACAUUGACAUUGGCCACCUUAUUGGAAUGCCGUCAGUUCAACCAGGGAGGUCACAAAUUUGGUAUUGGCUUGGAACUUGCUUUGUAAGCAAUAUUUACAUGCCAAACUUAUUAUACGUUAUGUAGACAAAAUGUAUUGUCAGUAAACGUAGGAUUAUUAAACAUAAUCAUAAGAGUAUUUUUACUACAUUAAAAUUCAGUGUAUUUGUUUAAAAUUAAUUAGGAAAAAUAUAAUUUAUAUCAGUUU